GCCGCCGACACACCUUCGCCAGCACGACUGAGAGCUUGCUAUUCGGCUCCUCUCCAGCACCCAGCUUGCUUGUGGCCAGCGAGCGCAAGAGUCGUCUGCGGGAAACUUGAAAGUGGGAGCAACCGAACGAUCGCGUUCGUUGUCAUUGGAUUUAAACGAGUCGACUGAACCAUCGAAUCGCGUUUUCUGUAAACCUCGGCCAUGGUGAGUGUCAGUGCUUCCCUUCUUCUGCUGGCCUCGGCGGUGGCAGUGAUCCUUCCGGCAGGGGAAGGCUUUCCUGACGGCGCCCCGAUAGAGGCCUGCAUCCUGCCUAAUCCAAACCGCCCCAACCAUCCAGCCACCAAAACGCAGCCGCAGUCGUCCUCCAAGCACUCCUUCACGGCUUCCGGCUCUCGUUACCGUCCAGGUGACAUUAUUACAGUCAUAAUUAGCGGACCUCCCUUCAAGGGCUUCUUCGUGCAAGGCAGAGACUCCCACAGCAACGACUGGGUUGGGAGCUUCGCCGAGACGCCGGAGACGAAAGUUUACCCAGAAUGCUCAGCAGCCACCCACAACACUGUGCCACCCAAGACCAGUGUCAAACUGGUAUGGCACGCACCGCGUGACAGAUCUGGAACAGUCUACUUCACUGGUACAAUUCUGGAACGCUACGACAGAUACUGGUCCGACAUGGUCGCCAAGGUCGUCAAGCCUCAGUUCUAAGAGAGGGAAGAAACCGACCACAUUCCUUUGGAUAUCUCCACCUUUCCAUUAUUAAUAAGUCCAUUACCGUACCUUUAAUGCUCGAGAAAGGGAUGAUGCAUAUACAAUAGAGUCAUCAGCAUACAAUUGCUUGUGUACUACGGGACAAACAAGCACUCAUCAACACACGUGCACACACACACAAAUAUCAGAGGCCAAACAGAACGGAAUAAACAAAAAAAAAAAAAAAAAAAAAAAAAACGAUGGUAGGCUACCGAGCACUUUCGUGUACUUCAACACAUUUUCAAAAAUGGGUUGAAAUAACACGCGAGCGCUUCAUGCAUUCCUUUGUCACUCAACUUCCUUUGCCUCUGCUAUAUUUAUCGUUGCGUUUUAUUUAGUACAUACGAACAGGUAUA